AUGUCCGACUCCGACUCCUCCUCUCCAUUUCCCUCGUCCAAAUCGACAACGCCCUUCUGGCGCACAACCCCUCACGCCCUCGAUAACCACCGCAGCACCCCUUCUCUACCGCAACAAUGCGAUAUCGCAAUCAUCGGAGCCGGAUACGCGGGCGCAUCGCUUGCACACCACAUCCUCGAAUUGACCAGUUCAAAUCGUCCGAGUGUUGUUAUUCUGGAGGGGCGGGAGGCUUGUUCGGGGGCGACGGGGAGGAAUGGCGGGCAUCUCAAACCAGACCCGUUCAACCGCAUCGCCAGCCUAGCAACGCAGUACGGGCUCGCCGCUGCCUCCGAAGUCGCUGAGUUCGAGGCCCGACAGGUCGAUGCUGUUGCGGACCUUGUCCGGAAGGAAAAGAUUGACUGCGAUCUUGUCGUCACGCAGGCGGUUGAUGUCAUGCUUGAUGAUGAGUACGCGGCGAAUCUGAAGAGGGGGUAUGAUAGGUUGGUUGAGGGGGGCGUUGAGCCGACGCGGCAGACGAGGUAUUUUGGUCCGGGGGAGGCAGAAACGGUGCGUUUGGUUAUACUUUUCUUGGACUAG